AUGGCGUCUGAGCAGUCGGCGCUUCGCCCGCUCACGUUGCCGUCGCUGCCGCCCGACUUCGCUCAUCUCUCGAACCUCAAGCUACAGCUCUCGCAAACGCAGCAGGCUGUCGAGGGAUACGCGCAGCUGAGGAAGAAGCUCGAGACAUUCACGGACGAGCCAGCCUGGGAGGCCUACAUCCCGUUCGGCCCUCUCGCCUACUUCCCUGGACAGCUCGUUCACACCAACGACAUUACGCAAACGAUUGCGCCGGAAGCGGAGGCAGGACCGGGUAUCGAGGGAGGAAAAGCGGGAGGUCAGGACGCAGGUCAGGGCCGACGGGUUCUGCGAAGCGCAAAGCAGGCAAGAGAAGAGGCAGAGAGGCUGCAGAAAGACCUUGAGGCAAAGGCUACUGCUCUACAGCAGGAGAUCUCUGCGAAGGAGGAGGAGCUGAGCAAGAAGCGCGAGGAGGAGCGCAAGAACGGAGAAGCGGGCUUGGCAGGCGCAGACAUGGGCGACGAGGACUGGACGAUCAACGAGCGAGGCGAGGUGAUCAACGAGGAAGGCUUGCCCAUGUUCGACAUCCGCGAAGACUUGCCUUCAGAACCCGAGCCCGCAAAGCCUGCCUCUUCCGCCACUCCCGCCGCCUCUGGUGCGACCAGCGCAUCCAAUGCGCCUCAGAAGAUGCGGUACCUCGUCAAGAAGGGUGGAAAGACAGUUGUUCGUACUGUCAACGCACGCCCUCCCUCCAAGCCGGCUCAAGCACCUACCUCAGCCACCCCUUCCCCCUCGCCAGCAGCCUCAUCACCGUCCGCUCCUUCCGCAUCGCCGACUGUUCCAGCAGAAGACAACAAUCCGUUCCCCGUCCGACCGAAGCUCGACAUCAAGGCUAUCCUCGACGAGCUCGAAGCCGAGGAGAAGGCCGAAGCGGAGGCGAGUCGUGCAGCAUCGGGCGGGGCCGGGGUGCAGGCCGAUCCUGCUGUCGACGAGUUGACGUCGACGGCGAAUUCAUCUGAGGCUGCGGCUGCUUCGACCACAACGCUCACUCCGAAGCCUGCGCCUGCGUCGAGCGCGUUCGGCGGCUUCGCUGCCGGCUUCCUCUCGAAGGGAAAGCACAAGCGGCCGUCCAACUCGCUUCCGACGCCUUCGCCCGCCUCAACCGCCUCAGCUUCCGCCGUCGCCACAUCUCCUGCGCCAAUACCCGCUCUCAAAUCCUCCCUCUCGCGACCUUCCUCUCCUUCUCGUUCCGGCACGCCUGCCUCCGACAAGAAGCGCGUCGCGUUCGACCUUCCCCCUCCCUCUCCCUCCGAAGACGCCCCAAAGGCCAAGAAGGCUCCCAUCAUCCUCGGAAUGGGCGAUGCUGAGCCGCCCCGCCGUCCCGAACCUCCUGCAACCGAGUCGAAGAAACCUGAAGAACCGUUCGUCCGCCCGAUCAAGGACGUUGUGGUGGAAAAGCCGAUGAAGAAGCCUGUUCCGCCCGGAGGGGUCGUGGGACCGGGUGGGAUUGUGAGGCAGAAACGGUUGUCGAAGUUUAGGCAGAUGAAGGAGGAGGCGGUCGAGGCGAAGCCUGAGAAAGCGGCAGCUUCGUCACCCGAGGCGCUAUCGCAUCCGGAGACGUCGCCUCCUGUCGUUUCCGCUGCCGUACAGAAAGAUGUCAAGGGCAAGGGCAAGGCGGAUGACCAAGCCGGUCAACCCCCCUCAAUUCCCGCCCCCGUCCACACGAUCUCGCUCUCGACACGACCAAGCGAGCCAUCGAAGGAGGCUGACGGCACAAUCUCGUACGCCGAUAUCCCCUUCGACUCGGACGAAGACGUCGACGAGGAGGAUCCGUACUCGGAUGAGGAGGGCUUUGACUGGUCCGACGACGACGACGAGAUUGACGAUGACGACCUGGAUGUCGAUGCGGCGUUGCAUGCGCGAGAGGUUGCGCUUGCGUACCAUCAGCAGCGGCUGAAUGUCGGUGGCGGAAGGGGGACGGGCGCGCUCGGCGGGUAUCACGAUGUCGGCGAAAGUCCUUUCGCAGGCAUCGCUGAUUCAGAUGCGCAAGGGCUCGUCCCGGCCGACGCCACCCUUCAAUCGCUCGACCCGUCCCUCGCCGGCCCAGAGUUCGGUACCUACGCUCACGCCGGCUCCGCACAACUCGGCAAGCCCUCCCGCUUUCGCCUCGCCAACCGGAACCUCGAAUCUGCGCAGCUCAUCAUCCCUUCUCUUCUCGCGCAAGAUCCCUCACUCGAGACGUCGAGCACGCCGCUCGGUCCCGCCGUCUCUCGAGGUCAGCAUGAGGAUGCGGACGGACUCGACGACGCGGAGCAGGAGCGGUUUAGGCGGACGUUGGAAGCGCUGGCCGAGGGCCGACCGCUGCCGGAAGACGAGCAGCGCUUGGAGCGGGAGAAGGAGGUUUUGCUGCGGGAAGAGCUGGCGAAGACAAAAGAGGAGCGGGAACGAGCGAGGCUGGAGCAGCUUGAGCAGGACCGGACGGCGGGCAAGCGGCCCCCUGAGCUCGUCCAGAAGAUCCCGCGACGAACGGAGGAGGUCCAGCCUGCUGCGUCGAAUCAGGCGGUUCCUUCGGCACCUACACCUCUCGGUGGUGUCAUCGAACGUGUCGGUCCAUUGACUGCAGCGGCAGGACCAGCAUCAGCAGCGAGCGAAGGCGGAGAAGCUACGGAGGAGAAACCGAAGCGGAUGUCGAGGUUCCGACAGAAGCAGCUCGGAUUGGCAGACUAG